UAUCUAAAUAUUUAUAUAUUUAUAAAAAAAAAAAAAAAUAUAAAAAGGACCCUAGCAGUUAAAAAAUGCAUCAUCCUGAAGAAGAAGAAGAAUACGAUUAUGAUUCACUUGGUACAAAUACAACCAUGUUACAAAAUGCAUUUGCAGGUGCAUUAGCAGGUAUUGCAGAACAUUGCGCCAUGUAUCCCGUAGAUAGCAUCAAGACAAGAAUGCAAGUCAUUAAUGUUCAACAUCAGAUUAAUACAACAAAGACUGUAAAAUUAUUUAAUUUAUGGAAGGGGGUGAAUUCAGUUGUGCUAGGAGCUGGGCCUGCACAUGCUCUCCAUUUUGGCACUUAUGAGUUUUGUAAAGAAGUAUUUGCUGGAGCCAAUAAGGGAGAAGGACAUCAUCCACUUGCUAAUGCCAGUGCUGGCGCUUGCGCAACAUUAGCCCAUGAUACAGUUAUGAAUCCUUUUGAUGUCGUAAAGCAACGUAUGCAACUUCGUGAAUCAACUUAUAAAUCAAUACGAGAAUGCGCUCGUGAUGUUUAUCGAAAAGAAGGACUUGUGGCGUUUUAUAUUUCACUACCAGCCACACUUUUCAUGUCAUUGCCGUUUCAGACGAUUCAGUUUACAACGUAUGAAUUCUUUCGAAAACUAUUAAAUAAUGAUACGAAUGAUCAUCGAUAUGACCCAAAGACACAUAUUGUGGCGGGAGGAUUAGCGGGUGCGAUUGCGUCCUCCAUCACGACACCACUUGAUGUGAUUAAAACGUUAUUACAGACGAGAGGAACUCAUUCUGAUCAACGUAUUCAAAACUGUAAAGGAAUUAAAGAAGCAGCAAUCAUCAUUUAUGAAAGAUAUGGUUUUCAUGGUUUCUUUAGAGGAUUUAAACCUAGAAUUUUAACACAUAUGCCAAGUACAGCCAUUAGCUGGACUGUUUAUGAAUAUAUUAAAUGGGUGAUAAACUUGAAACAAAAAGAAGAUUUUAUUUCUUUUUGAAUUAUUUAUUUUGAAGAAGAAAU